AUGAUUUUUAAGAUGAAUACCUACCUCGGCGAUAAAUCCAAUUCAUCAAUACCUGGAUAUUUGAAAGUGUCUGCACUAAAUAAUGGCAAUCUUUCAGCAAACAACUCCAAUGAGACAGCAAGCAAUCUGGAUUUGCCUUCCUUGGACAUCAGUAGGGCAAUAAUUGUGGGGCUUAUCCUAGGUGCCUUUAUACUUUUUGCUAUUAUAGGUAACAUCUUGGUAAUUCUCUCUGUUGCUUGCAAUAGGCAUUUAAGAAUCCCCACAAACUAUUUCAUAAUUAACCUCGCAAUAGCAGAUUUGUUGCUGAGCUUUACUGUCCUUCCAUUCUCUGCUACACUGGAAAUCCUUGGCUACUGGGUGUUGGGGAGGAUAUUUUGUGAUAUCUGGGCAGCAGUUGAUGUGCUAUGCUGUACAGCUUCUAUUUUAAGUCUAUGUGCGAUUUCUAUAGAUAGAUAUAUAGGGGUACGUUAUUCUCUCCAGUAUCCAACUUUGGUAACAAGAAGAAGGGCAAUUUUAGCUCUCCUGGGUGUCUGGGUCCUUUCCAUGGUGAUUUCUAUUGGGCCUCUUUUGGGCUGGAAAGAACCAGCACCCAAGGAUGAUAAAGAGUGCCGCAUCACUGAAGAACCAUUCUAUGCUUUGUUUUCUUCCUUGGGAUCAUUUUACAUUCCUUUAAUCGUCAUCCUCGUGAUGUACUGUCGGGUCUACAUAGUGGCAAAAAGGACUACUAAAAACCUGGAAGCUGGGGUUAUGAAAGAAAUGUCCAACUCCAAGGAGCUGACUUUACGGAUUCAUUACAGGAACAUUCAUGAGGACACAUUAAACAGCACCAAAUCCAAGGGUCACAAUCCCAGGAACUCCUUAGCUUUCAAACUUUUUAAAUUCUCUAGAGAAAAGAAGGCAGCCAAGACGUUGGGAAUUGUGGUUGGCAUGUUUAUUUUGUGCUGGCUACCUUUCUUCAUUGUUCUGCCACUAGGAUCUCUGUUUUCAGCUCUGAAGCCCCCUGAAACGAUCUUCAAGGUGAUUUUUUGGCUUGGCUACUUUAACAGCUGCUUGAAUCCAAUCAUCUAUCCUUGCUCAAGCAAAGAGUUCAAGAGGGCUUUUAUACAGAUCCUAAAAUGCCAGUGUCACCGUCGAAAGCAGUUGGGGUGGUGGGCCUACAGCUACAGGAACUGGAAUCGGUGCUCCUUCGAACACCCUAGGAAGGACUCUCUGGAAGAUAGCGGGAGUUUCCUAAGCGGCAGUCAGAGGACAUUAUCUUCAGCAUCUCCCAGCCCCGGCUACCUGAGCAAAAUCACUCACCCACAUCAUAUGGAGAUGUGCACAUUCCAGGAAUGGAAGAACUCCAGCUCUUUCCUGAGCCCCUUACAGGAAGGCAGCAGACAAAAGGACCCAUGCCAGUUCUUUACCUUCAAUCUCUUAACAGAGCGCAAUGGACAUGUUCCUGCUGGCAGCCAAGCUCCCAGCGAUGGGGACCAUGAGGCCAUGUGUGACACACUGAAUGGCAAAACCGACUGUAGAGCAAACAUGAUGCUGGAAUGA